AACCGACUGGUACUAUCAGAUGCUGUGAACUCACAGCCCUCGGUGGAUUGCUAACAGGAGCAUAACCUGGAAAUAUGCAGCUGAUAUCGAAAUUGUUUCGUAUUACCCAGGAGCAAAUAAGUAGGAAUGUUCGUCAAAUAUCAUGGACUUCGAGGAAUUGUAACAGGAAGUUGAUGAACGAGGAGGUGUUUAGGCGUAAGAAGCAGCAAACCUACAUUGGACCGUUCGGUUGGUUUCUCUUGACAAUACCAGCAGCUACAUUUGGAUUAGGAACAUGGCAGGUGCAGAGGAAGCAAUGGAAGGAAAAUCUUAUAAAACAGAUGAAGGAUCGCGUGAAUACAACGCCUGUUCCGUUACCUGAAAGUAUGGAAGAGAUCGAGAGGCUCGAGUAUUACCCUGUCCACGUGAAGGGGCAUUUUCUGCACGAUAAGGAACUGUACAUGGGACCUAGGACGUUGUUGGCAAAAGGCGACGCUUCAACGACGAGCGGGUUGAUGUCGAAGAAUCAGAUGUCGCAAGGAUAUUUGGUGAUAACGCCGUUCAAAUUGGCCGACAGAGACGUAACGAUUUUAGUUAACAGAGGAUGGGUCGCGGCUAAAAAUAAACGACCGGAAACCAGAACGGCUGGGCAAGUCCAGGAAGUCGUCGAUGUUAUUGGCAUAGUCAGAUUGCAAGAAAAUAGGCCAAACUUUAUGCCCAAUAACAAUAUCAACGCAAACUCUUGGUUUUAUAGGGAUUUAGAUUGCAUGUCCGAUGUAACGGGAUCUUCUCCGAUAUUCAUUGAUGCCACCAAUGAUUUCGACGCGAUCGGAGGACCUGUUGGAGGUCAAACCAGGAUUUCCAUAAGGAACGAACAUCUAUCGUACAUCUUCACUUGGUACAGCUUGUGCGCUGUGACCAGUUGGAUGUGGGUCAAGCAGUUCGUGAAGAAACGUUAAUUAAAGCUUAAACCAUGUGUAGAAAGUGUAAUAUUAUAUAGUCAGAAAAGUAAUAAA